CAAGAUUCUCCACGGCGACCGCUUUAUAGAGAGAGAUGGGAGAACGAUUCUUCCCAAACGAGAUGCCGGAGUUUGUACAGGACGACGCCGGAGAAGAUGAAACCGUUUCCUCAGAUAAAGAUUUUCUGAAGAAGCUGCUCUCACUCCCUUACAGAUCAUUCUCCGAGAAGCUUCAGAGAUAUGCUCUAAGCCUCAAAGACACGGUGGUAUUUGAGACAUGGGAACGACCUGGAAAACGUGUUCGAGACUUUAACCUUUACACUGGUGUUCUUGGAACAGCUUAUCUAUUGUUCAAAUCAUAUCAGGUCACAAGAAAUGAAAACGAUCUGAAGCUAUGCUUAGAGAUUGUUGAGGGGUGUUACUCUGCUUCAAGAGACUCCGAGCGUGUGACAUUCAUAUGUGGCCAUGCUGGUGUAUGUGCUCUUGGUGCUGUUGCAGCAAAACUUAUUGGUGAUAGCCAGUUACAGGAUCGUUAUUUAGCCCAUUUCCAUGAGAUCAGGCUUCCCAGUGGUUUGCCAUACGAGCUGCUAUAUGGUAGAGCAGGAUACUUAUGGGCAUGCUUGUUCUUGAAUAAGCAUGUAGGGAAAGACGGUGUAUCAUCAGCAAAAAUGAGAUCUGUGGUUGAGGAGAUGUUCAGGGCAGGAAGACAACUAGGGGAAAGAGGAAACUGCCCAUUGAUGUUCGAGUGGCACGGUAAGAAGUAUUGGGGAGCUGCUCACGGUUUAGCUGGGAUUAUGCAUGUCCUCAUGCAUCUGGAGCUUGAACCAGAUGAGAUGGUAGAUGUUAAAGGUACACUAAGCUACAUGAUUCAACACCGUUUCCCAAGCGGAAACUACCCAUCUAGUGAAGGAAGCGAAUCAGAUCGUCUUGUUCACUGGUGUCACGGUGCUCCUGGUGUUGCUCUCACACUUGUAAAGGCAGCUCAGGUUUUUAAGACAAAUGAGUUUGUAGAGGCGGCAAUGGAAGCAGGAGAAGUAGUGUGGAACCGUGGAUUGCUUAAACGAGUAGGGAUCUGUCACGGCAUCAGUGGAAACACUUACGUGUUUCUUUCUUUAUACCGGUUAACAGGAAAGCAAGAGUACUUGUACAGAGCAAAGGCUUUCGCAUCUUUCCUACUUGAUAAGUCAGAGAUUCUCAUCUCAGAAGGUAAAAUGCAUGGAGGAGAUAGACCAUUCUCACUCUUUGAAGGAAUAGGAGGAAUGGCCUACAUGUUUUUAGACAUGAAUGACCCAACUCAAGCUCUGUUUCCAGGUUAUGAGCUCUAG